CGCGGAGGGGCGGAAGCGGCUGUUUCGGAGGCUGGAGCGUUUGAGGAGUCCGGCGGCGUCUCCACACGCAACCAUGAAGUUGAAGGAGACAAAAUCAAGACCAAAGGCACCCACCUCUGGCAAAUCUAAGAUGAAGGGAAUCAAAGUUGUGGGAAAAUGGAAGCAGGUGAAAAUAGACCCGAACAUGUUUGCAGAUGGACAGAUGGAUGACUUAGUGUGCUUUGAGGAACUGACAGAUUACCAGCUGGUCUCCCCUGCCAAGAAUCCCUCCAGCCUUUUCUCCAAGGGGGAGUCCAAGAAGAGAAAGGCACAAGGUAUUUCAGAAGGAGAGGAGGAAGGAGAAGCCAGCUCCCCAAAGAAAAAGAUCAAGGUGAAGAAGAGUAAAGAUGUAGAAACUGGAGGUACCAGUUCCCAGAAAGAGUCUGAGGUCAAAGAUGCCACCCUAGAGCCUCAGGAAGAUGCCUCCAUUUGUCUUGAGUCAGAGGUAGAGGAAAGGGCAUCAGGAAGCCAGACUCACACUUUACCAAAAAAGAAGAAAAAGAAAGGGAAGAAGAAAAGGCUAGAGCCCCCUCAGAGCACUGCUGCAAAGGUGCCCAAGAAGGCAAAAACAUGGAUGCCUGAGCUGCAUGACCAGAAGGCUGACGUGUCAGCUUGGAAAGACCUGUUUGUGCCCAAGCCAGUACUCCGCGCACUCAGCUUUCUGGGGUUCUCUGCGCCCACACCAAUCCAAGCACUGACUUUGGCGCCGGCCAUUCGUGACAAGCUAGAUAUUCUUGGGGCUGCCGAGACUGGAAGUGGGAAAACUCUUGCCUUUGCCAUUCCGAUGAUCCAUGCCGUGCUGCAGUGGCAAAAGAGGAAGCCUUCUCCGGCUCCAAGCACUGCCGGGGCACUGCCUGGAGGCACCCCUGCUGAGGCCAGCACUGAGACAGAGUCACCAAGCAAGUCAGGCACUGAGUCUGGGACACUGCCUGAUGUGACUGGAGUUCAGAGUGAAGCAUUGUUCCCAGAGGCCGGAGCUAAGACUGGGGCUGCCAACUCGGGCUCAGGGCUGCUCCUCUGUGGUGGUGAUGAUGAUGCUGGUGAAGACCCUUCUCCCCAGACCCAAAAGGCUGGCUCCCAACAGGACAAGGACCGUGAAUACGCGCUCAUCGAAGAGCAGAUGGGAAAGUUGACCCGUGAGUCAAAUGGUAGCACUGCUGCCCGUCAGGAGCGCCCCUGGCGCCCUCUGCUUGGACUGGUUCUGACUCCCACUCGAGAGCUGGCUGUCCAGGUCAAGGAGCACAUCGAUGCUGUGGCCAGGUUUACAGGAAUUGGAACUGCCCUCUUGGUAGGUGGGAUGUCCACCCAGAAGCAGCAGAGGAUGCUGCACCGUCAGCCUGAGAUUGUGGUCGCCACUCCAGGCCGACUGUGGGAGCUGGUUAAGGAGAAACACCCGCAUCUGAGCAACCUUCGAAAGCUUCGGUGCCUGGUGGUGGAUGAGGCCGACCGGAUGGUUGAGAAAGGCCACUUUGCUGAGCUCUCCCAGCUCUUGGAGUUGCUCGGUGACUCUCAGUACAACCCAAAAAGACAGACACUUGUGUUUUCUGCCACGCUGACCCUGGUCCACCAGGCACCGGCGCGCAUCCUGCACAAGAAGCACACCAAGAAAAUGGACAAAGCUGCUAAACUGGACCUCCUCAUGCAGAAGAUGGGCAUGCGGGGCAAGCCCAAGGUCCUGGACCUCACGAGGCAUGAGGCCACUGUGGAGACACUCACCGAGACCAAGAUCCACUGUGAAGCUGAUGACAAGGACCUCUACCUGUACUACUUCCUGAUGCAGCACCCGGGCCGCACCCUGGUCUUCGCCAACAGCAUCUCCUGCAUCAAACGCCUCGCGGGGCUCCUGAAGGUGCUGGACAUCAUGCCGCUGACCCUGCACGCCUCCAUGCACCAGAAGCAGAGGCUUAGAAACCUGGAGCAGUUUGCCCGGCUGAAAGACUGUGUUCUCCUGGCAACAGAUGUGGCGGCCCGGGGUCUGGAUAUUCCUGAAGUCCAGCAUGUCAUCCAUUACCAGGUCCCUCGCACUUCAGAGAUCUAUGUCCACCGAAGUGGUCGGACUGCUCGAGCCACCAACGAAGGCCUGGGCCUGCUGCUGAUCGGGCCUGAGGACGUAAUCAACUUUAAGAAGAUUUACAAAACCCUCAAGAAAGAUGAGGACAUCCCACUGUUCCCUGUGCAGACAAAGUACAUGGACGCCGUCAAGGAGCGGAUCCGUUUAGCCCGGCAGAUUGAGAAGGCCGAGUACCGGAACUUCCAGGCUUGCCUGCACAACUCCUGGCUGGAGCAGGCCGCAGCUGCGCUGGAGGUGGAGCUGGAAGAAGGGAUGUAUAAGGGAGGAAAAGCUAAUGAGCAAGAAGAGCGGCGGCGACAGAAGCAGAUGAAGGUCUUUAAGAAGGAGCUGCGUCACUUACUGUCCCAGCCACUAUUUAAAGAUGACCUACAGACCAAGUACCCAACGCAGUCUGGCAAGCUGCCCGGGGGCCUGACUGCCCCGAGAAACGGCGAGUCUGCGCUCAGCUGCGUGUCCAAACAGAAGAAGAAACAGAAGCAGCAGCUCAAGGAGCAGCCACAGCCCAGUGCCAGUGCCAGUGCCAGCUGAGCAUGCUGGCCAGGAGUGAGGCUGCUCUCCUUGUUCCUGUGACGCCCUCCUGCCUAGCCUUGGGUGUCUGUCACUUGUCACAUUCACUGCCUGAGCUGCAGGAGACCUCCCCAGUGUGUGGUUGGGAGGGGGCGGCCCGUGUUCCAGUGCAUGUUCAGCUUGAUUUCGUAAAUUAAAAACCGUGCUCAGA